AUGUGGGCGGCCCAGCUCAGCUGUAUUUUCAUAUUGUUCGGUGUAACAGCCGGCGGCGGCGGCUGGGAGCCCCUAGGGACCCCUUACUUCGACAACAGCACGAAGCGUGAAGCCACCGCCGCCGUGGGCCAGCCCGCCUACCUACACUGCAGAGUACGAAACCUGGCUGAUAGAGCGGUAUCAUGGAUACGCAAGAGAGACCUACACAUCUUGACAGUAGGUGUGCACACAUACAGCAGUGACGCAAGAUUCGCUGCCCUACAUGCUGAUGGUUCCGAUGAAUGGACGCUGCGAGUGGCGCCAGCGCAACCACGCGACUCCGGCGCAUACGAGUGCCAAGUGUCUACUGAACCAAAGAUUAGUCUGUCAUUUCGACUCACCGUUGUUGUGUCAAAGGCGGAGAUUCUCUCAGGACCGGAGCUGUUCGUCAGAGCUGGAUCAGACAUCAAUCUUACUUGCGUGGCAAAGUACGCCCCUGACCCGCCGAGCUUCAUCUACUGGUAUCGAGGUGAACAAGUGGUGAACUAUGCUCAACGAGGUGGUAUAAGCGUGGAGACUGAGCAGCGCACACGCACCAGCCGGCUUCUCAUAGCACGCGCCGCUCCCCACGACUCAGGGAACUAUACGUGUGCACCAAGCAGCUCAGAAUCUGCGUCGGUGAUAGUCCACGUGCUGAGCGGGGAGCGGCCGGCGGCGAUGCAGAGCUCGGGCUCGACCCCACCACGCCUCAACCGCGCCAUCCUCGCCACGCUCACCGCGCUCACCACGCUGCGCCAGCCACGGCCAGUGCUCCUCGUCUCCCUCCCGGUCGCCGCGCACUACGUCUCCAUCCCAACACUACUCAUUACCUUACUAUUCGCCAACGCUCUCGUCAAAUUCCUAUCAAAAUUUACGACAGCUCACAUCGAACCUACAUCUUCAAGAUGA